AAAUGCGACGCUAAACCCUAGCUGAGGAGGGAAGGGAACAGAACAGUGGGACAGCGGGUGCGCGGAGGAACAAUCCGUCCGUGAUCAAGCAAAAAGGACGGGCGGGGAAGAUGAGCGACCUUCUGAAGGGGGACUAUCAGAUCCUCGAGCAGAUCGGAGAGGGCAGGUUCGGGAAGGUUUUCCGUUGCUUCCGUCCUGAAUCCGGUGAGUUCUUCGCCUGUAAAACCAUCGACAAGCGCUCCAUCACCGAUCCCCUCGACUGGGAGUGCCUCGACAGAGAGGUCAAGGUCCACCAGCUCGUCGGCGCCCACCCCAACGUCGUCCAGAUCCAUGGCGUCUACGAGGAUGAUGCGUCGCUCCACCUGGUGAUGGAGCUCUGCUCCUCCCCCGACCUUUUCCAGCGCGUCUCCAAGGGGCCGCUCUCCGAGCCGGAGGCCGCCGCCGUGAUGGCGCCGCUUACGGAGGCCAUCGCACACUGCCACCGGCGGGGCGUCGCCCACCGCGACAUCAAGCCGGAGAACGUCCUCUUCGACGAACGCGACAGGCUGAAGCUGGCAGACUUCGGGUCCGCCGACUGCUUUCACGACGGGAAGGUGCUCAAGGAGGUCUACGGAACCGCCUACUAUGUGGCGCCGGAAGUGCUUUGGGGGAGGGAGUACAACGAGAAGGUCGACGUCUGGAGUGCCGGGGUCAUCCUCUACGUUCUAAUCAGCGGUAUCCCUCCCUUUUACGGCGAGACGACUGGCGAGAUUUUCGAGUCCGUCCUCCGCGCCAACCUGAGAUUCCCCUCCCAGAUCUUUUAUUCAGUCUCUCCGGCCGCAAAGGACCUGAUUCGCAAGAUGCUAUGCAAGGAGGUCUCGAGAAGGUUCUCCGCCGAGGAAGUCUUGAGGCAUCCAUGGAUCACAAGCGGAGGCGGCCAGAUGUCGGUUCUAUCUUGAAUGGCAUCUCGAUCGGGAAGUCACUUUGGAAGAUCUUCGAAGACGCGAGAGCUCAGUUUGUGUAUGUGUGUGCAUGUACAUACGGUUUUUUUCCCUUAUAAAUGAGUCGCUCCCUCUCUUUGGCACCUGCAGUUAUAGAGAGGCUACGGCGGCGGCGGCGGCGGCGGCUUGGGCAUGUAGUUAGCAGUAGCUGGUGAUGUUGCUCUGGGGUCUAGUAGCGUCUUGUGCCGGCCCGGUGGCGUUUGGUUAACUCUGUUUCUACAGAGAGGAAGUGAAAUCCCCCCAGAUUGGUUCUGGGGGAAGCUUCUUUUCCUUCAUUUUCAGUUUUCUCUCUCUUCUAAUCUUGGAUUUUGUGAGAAAAGAAAAAGAGAACUCAUAUUCGCGGGGAACUUUGGUGUAGACAAAUUAAGAUCAUAAAUAAGCGCAGUAUGGCAUCACUUUUUUCCAUA